AAUAACACUGAAAAAUCACCAUAGUUAUGGGAACAGAAAACCAUCUUCAACUCAAUGUAAUUUUCCUUCCAUAUCUAACACCAGGUCACAUGAAUCCUAUGGUGGACACAGCAAGAUUAUUUGCCAAACAUGGUGCUAAUGUUACCAUAAUCACAACACAAACCAAUGCCUUAACAAUCCAAAAAGCCAUAGAUAGUGACUUCAAUUCUGGAUACUCCAUCAAAACCUAUGUGAUUCAAUUCCCUUCAUCACAACUUGGUCUACCUGAUGGAGUUGAAAACAUCAAAGAUUGCACCACUCCUCAAAUGCUAGAGAAGAUUUUCCAUGGAAUAAUGAUGCUGCAGCCUCAAAUUGAGUCUGUGUUUCAAGAACUUCAACCUGAUUGUAUUGUCUCUGAUAUGUUCUAUCCUUGGACAGUCGAAUCGGCCGCGAAACUAAGGAUUCCGAGGCUGUACUACUACAGUGCCAGCUCUUUCUCAAGUUGUGUAUAUCAUUUUAUUCAGAAGCAUAAGCCUCAUAAAGGGUUAGAAUCUGAUUCACAAAAGGUUCAAAUUCCAGGACUGCUGGAUAAAAUUGAGAUUGCACCGACCGAGAUGGAUGAAUUUCAGAGGAAAGAAAAUGACAUGACAAUUCUUAUGAAUGUAGUAUAUGCAUCAGAGAGAAGAAGCUAUGGAACAUUGUGUAAUAGCUUUUAUGAACUUGAAGGUGGUUAUGAGGAACUUUACAAGAACACAAUUGGGAUCAAAUCUUGGAGUGUAGGACCGGUUUCGGCUUGGAUUAACAAGACUGAUGAAGAGAAGGCGAAUCGUGGAAACAAAGUUGAUCUUAAAGAAGAGCCUUAUUGGUUGAAUUGGCUUAACUCAAAGCAGAGUGACUCUGUUUUGUAUGUGAGUUUUGGAAGCUUAACUAGGCUUAGUUAUGCUCAAAUUGUUGAAAUAGCUCAUGGACUUGAAAAUUCAGGCCAUAAUUUCAUCUGGGUUGUUAGGAAAAAGGGCGAAGGCGACGGCGAAGGCGAAGAAGAAUGUUUCUUGCAAGAUUUUGAGGCUAGGAUGAAGGAAAGUGACAAGGGGUGCAUUAUUUGGAACUGGGCGCCACAAUUGCUUAUAUUAGACCACCCUGCAACUGGUGGAAUUGUGACUCAUUGUGGUUGGAACUCAAUACUCGAAAGCGUGAGUUCCGGCUUGCCAAUGAUCACGUGGCCUAUGUUCGCCGAGCAAUUCUACAAUGAGAAAUUUCUUGUUCAAGUGUUGAAGAUCGGAGUUUCGGUUGGAGCUAAGGUGAAUAAGUUCUGGUCAAUUGUUGGUGAGGAUGGAAUUGUGGGAAGGGAAGAGUUAGUGAAGGCUGUGAAAACUUUGAUGGGAAGUGAAGAGAGCAGGGAAAUGAGGAAGAGAGCAAAGAAACUUGGUGAUGCUGCAAAGAGGACUAUAGAAGAAGGUGGAACCUCUUACAACAACCUAAUGCAGUUGAUGGACGAGCUCAAAUCUCUUAAGAUGUCACGAAAUUAGGUAAUUGAAAUGGAGGAAUAAAUUAAUAAUCAUGGUGU